CGGGCACAUCGGGCCCAGGGGCUGCUUGGGGAAGGACACCGGUGAUUUGGGAGUGUGGGCGCGUGGUGUGGUGGCGCCGGCAGCCCCUCUCCUGCACUGGCCGCACCUGCAGGAGGCCCUCGGGGGCCCAGAAAGAUGCCUAGAGGGCAUCGCGUUGGUCACGCCGUGUGGCCUGGAUUCCGGGCUCCCGCAGUCCGAGGUGACAGUGUGGUGACCUUCAGAGAGCCCCGAGCUGAACCACGCGAGAGCAUUCCCCGUUAAGAAGGCCCUGCUGGCGUGCGAGACCUCCUGGGGGCCGUCCGCCCAACUGUGCCAGACUCCAGCAGCGGGGCCCCCGAUGGCAGUGGGCACCUCCCCGUGAAACUUGCCAAGCUGGACGCCACAGCUCUGCACGACGACACUUUGGCCAACUCUGUGCCCGCUUCGGAGGUGUGCAGCCAUGCAGUCCUAGCCUGCAGCCCGGGCAUCCCUGAGGAGCACUAUACGUGUGCAACAGCACUGAUCUUCCGGAAGUCGAGAUCAUCAGCCUGCUGGAGGAGCAGCUGCCCCAUUAUAAGUUAAGAGCCGACACCAUCUACGGUUAUGACCACGACGACUGGCUCCACACACCCCUCCUUUCUCCAGAUGCCAACAUUGACCUCACGACCGAGCAAAUUGAAGAGACCCUGAAGUACUUCCUUUUAUGUGCUGAAAGAGUGGGCCAGAUGACUAAGACAUACAAUGACAUCGACGCUGUCACCCGGCUGCUCGAGGAGAAAGAGCGAGAUUUAGAGUUGGCUGCUCGGAUUGGCCAGUCGUUGUUGAAGAAGAACAAGACCCUCACGGAGCGGAACGAGCUACUGGAGGAGCAGGUGGAGCACAUCAGGGAGGAGGUGUCUCAGCUCCGGCACGAGCUGUCCAUGAAGGAUGAGCUGCUCCAGUUCUACACCAGUGCCGCCGAGGAGAGCGAGCCUGAGUCCACGUGUUCCACCCCGUUGAAGAGAAACGAGUCCUCACCCUCGGUCCAGAGCUACUUUCAUCUGGACUCUCUUCAGAAGAAGCUGAAGGACCUCGAAGAGGAGAACGUCGUGCUUCGAUCCGAGGCCUGCCAGCUGAAGACGGAGACCAUCACCUACGAAGAGAAGGAGCAGCAGCUGGUCAACGACUGUGUGAAGGAGCUGAGGGACGCCAACGUGCAGAUUGCCAGCAUCUCAGAGGAACUGGCCAAGAAGACCGAAGAUGCUGCCCGCCAGCAGGAGGAGAUCACACACCUGCUGUCACAAAUAGUCGAUCUGCAGAAGAAGGCAAAAGCUUGUGCAGUGGAAAAUGAAGAACUCGUCCAGCACCUGGGGGCCGCGAAGGACGCCCAGCGACAGCUCACGGCCGAGCUGCGUGAGCUGGAGGACAAGUACGCGGAGUGCAUGGAGAUGCUUCACGAGGCACAGGAGGAGCUCAAGAACCUACGGAACAAGACCGUGCCCAACACGACGUCCAGACGCUACCACUCACUGGGCCUGUUCCCCAUGGACUCCUUGGCAGCCGAGAUUGAGGGGACGAUGCGCAAGGAGCUGCAGCUGGAAGAGCCGGACUCACCUGACAUCGCGCACCAGAAGCGAGUCUUUGAGACCGUGAGAAACAUCAACCAGGUCGUCAGGCAGAGGUCUCUGACGCCCUCGCCCAUGAACAUCCCCGGUUCCAACCAGUCCUCGGCCAUGAACUCCCUCCUGUCCAGCUGCGUCAGCACGCCCCGGUCCAGCUUCUACGGCAGCGACGUCGGCAACGUCGUCCUGGACAACAAGACCAACAGCAUCAUCCUGGAAGCGGAGUCGGCCGACCUGGGAAACAAGGAGCCGAGUAAGAAGCCGGGGACGCCGGGCACCCCGGGCUCCCACGACCUGGAGACGGCGCUGAGGCGGCUGUCCCUCCGCCGGGAGAAUUACCUCUCGGAGCGGCGGUUCUUCGAGGAGGAGCAGGAGAGGAAGCUCCGGGAGCUGGCGGAGAAGGGCGAGCUGCUCAGCGGCUCGCUCACGCCCACCGAGAGCAUCCCGUCCCUGGGCACGCACUCCCGCCUCUCCGAGUUCACCGGCUUCUCGGGCAUGUCCUUCAGCAGCCGCUCCUACCUGCCGGAGAAACUCCAGAUCGUGAAGCCGCUGGAAGGUUCUGCCACCCUGCACCACUGGCAGCAGUUGGCCCAGCCUCACCUCGGGGGCAUCCUGGACCCCCGGCCCGGUGUGGUCACCAAGGGCUUCCGGACGCUGGACGUUGACCUGGACGAAGUGUACUGCCUUAACGACUUUGAAGAAGAUGACACAGGUGACCACAUUUCCCUCCCGAGCCUAGCUACCUCCACGCCAGUGCAGCACCCAGAGACCUCAGGUGAGAGGUCCCGAGCACGCGUGACUGUCUCAGGCAGCAGAAGUUACCAGAGCCGGCCUCAGGCUUUCCCAGAAGAGAUGCAGGAGCCGCCAGCGGCCACGGAGGAGGAGGAGGAGGAGGAGGAGGAGGGGUCUGCACACCACCCUGGGAAGUGCAUGUCACAGACCAACUCCACCUUCACCUUCACUACCUGUCGCAUCCUGCAUCCUUCAGACGAGCUCACGCGAGUCACGCCAAGCCUUAACUCGGCCCCGACUCCAGCUUGUGGCAGCUCCAGCCACUUAAAGUCCACGCCGGCGGCCACGCCGUGCACUCCCCGGAGGCUGAGCCUGGCCGAGUCCUUCACGAACACCCGCGAGUCCACGACCACCAUGAGCACGUCCCUGGGGCUGGUGUGGCUGCUGAAGGAGCGGGGCAUUUCGGCGGCGGUGUAUGACCCCCAGAGCUGGAACAGGGCCGGCGGGGGCUCCCUGCUGCACUCCUACACCCCCAGGAUGGCUGUGAUCCCCUCCACCCCACCCAACUCGCCCAUGCAGACGCCCACGUCUUCCCCGCCCUCCUUCGAGUUCAAGUGCACGAGCCCGCCCUACGACAACUUCCUGGCGUCCAAGCCGGCCAGCUCCAUCCUGAGGGAGGUGAGGGAGAAGAAGGGCGUCCGGAGCAGUGAGAGUCAGACAGAUGUGUCUGUCUCCAACCUCAACCUCGUGGACAAAGUCAGGCGGUUCGGCGUGGCCAGAGCGAUGAACUCGGGGCGAGCCCACGUCCACACGCUGACUGAGGAUCAGGGACCUCUUCUCUGCCGGCCCCCGGGCCCAGCACAGGGCCUCGUCCCUGGAGGCCUGGUACCCGAGGGCCUGCCUCUCGGAUGCCCGACCGUCACCAGUGCCAUCGGCGGGCUGCAGCUCAACAGUGGCAUCCGGCGGAAUCGCAGCUUCCCCACCAUGGUGGGGUCCAGCAUGCAGAUGAAGGCCCCCGUGACGCUCACCUCAGGCAUCUUGAUGGGUGCUAAGCUCCCCAAACAAACCAGCUUGCGGUGAGGGUGGGAGGGGCGCCCUUCCGAGGAGACAGGUCGGGUCCUGCCCCCACUUCUCUUCCCCUCUCCACUGUGCUCUCCCCUCCCCGUCCGUCCCCUCCUGAGCUAGACAAAUCAACCUCGUGCCUCAUGGGGGAAGAGUGGAGACUGUGAAACGUGUAUAUAGGACCUGGAGCCCACGGGAGGUGCCCCAGCACUGCCACCGCUCUCCUGAGGACUUCACCUGUGCUGGCUGGGGGCAGGGCAGGCAGGUGUCUUUUCCUUUUUUUUUUAUUCUCCUUCUAUCCUUCGAGAAGCACUGAAACUCCCAAUGACAUUCUUAUCCCAUGGAUAGGAACCCGGUGAAGUCGCGGCUGGCUGCCCGUGCUGCACACGGUGAGCCGUCACGUGGCACAGGGCACAAUGCCAUGCCCCUCGGUGUCGCUGGGCACCUCGCCCACCCGGCGAGAGCGUGAGGAGCCUCCGUCCACAGCCACAUGCAGCUGACGUAGCUUUCAGGACUGUUCUUUCUUUUCUGGGUGGCCCAAGCUUCUUCGAGACCUUCACUACUCUGCCUCAGUGGACGGCCGCUUCCUUUUCGAGGGGUGACUUUUUCUUUCCAGGCCUUCACGCUAAAGUCGUCCUUCAGUGUUUCGUAAUCAGCUGUCAGGUCGGACAUCUAACCCAAAAGAGAAUGUAUUUACACUCGCGCUGCACUGGUCAGCAGUCCCUGUGGGUUCUGUGUGAUUUGUUUUAUUUUUCCAUUUUUAUUUUUUAUAGGCGAGGAAGUAAUGGUACUAGAUGGGAAGUCGCAGUAGAUGUUCUCUCUGUGGUUCUGUGAUACCAAAAUUCAAGUGACAAACACACCAAGCUGCUAAGGAGAUAGCAGUUUGUUUCUGGGACCCAAUGUCACGACCAAAUGGAGUAAGACCAGAGUGAGGACAACAUUCGUAGGAGGAUUCAAAGGAAAAGGGGACAGGGACAGAGGUCGAGGGAAAUGUGUCAACAGUAAAACAAACCACAACCAAACCUAAUACCAAACUAGUUCACAGGAGAAACGAGGCUUUGAACUUCUGCUGGGCCCAGCCCUUUACUGAAACCCAAGUCUGGCCCAUGUGCUUUCACUCGCGUGGUCUUUCGUGACAGCCAUUCAGUGUCCACGCGUUUUUCUGUCUUGUUUUAGAACAGAGCGGUCACGAGAAGAUAUUUCUUUCCCUCCAAAGCCCUGGGUCUCCUUGUGCCACUUUUUAUCCUUGGGGAAAGAUAGAGGUGCUCGCGAGACGAACCACGAAUGAGCAAGGGAGCCUGGUCCUAUUGCUGUCGCUAAGUUUUGAACUUUUAUUUAUUAUUUAUGUGUGCCGUAUUUUAAACAAACACCCUCUCUCCUUCCCAGCUCCAGUCACAGAGUGUCUGUGGCAUUCCAGUCUAAGCAGGUCAUUGAUCUGUUCUAACCUGAAGACUGCAGUGUGCAUCACGGUGUUCCGUGGCCAUUUGUUCCAGACAUUUAUGGAAGGAUAACAUCAUAUGCAAAUGAAAUUGCCAUUUUGCACCCUCUGAUCCCCUCCCACACCCCCCAUGGCAAAAGAUGUGUCCUUCACUUGAAUGACUGUAACCUUAUGGCCACUGAAGAAAGUCCCCAGGAGCAAGCUUUGGUCCCAUAAUUUCAGACUAUUUAUUCUCUGAACACGAGGAUGUCGGUUAAUUAUGUUUUCAAUGCUCCUUGUGGUUGUGUGUGUGCACUCAUUUUGAAGAACUUCUCUCUUUUUAUUUGAAUGUAUUUUAAAGCAGUAGGUAGAAUAACAAAGGAAUGUGAAAACCCUGGACCGAAUGGACCACUUUAUAUCUUCAGAGAGAGGAGCCACCCAUCACCACAAAGGGGUACCGGUGUAAAAAUCAGCAGUUCGGAGGUUGCAGUAUUUAGUAUAGUAAAUUAAUGAUCAACAUUGGGCAACCACUAUCAAAAAGUGUGUUAUAAUGCAUCAAAAAUCAACAAUAAAAUUUUAUUUGCUAACGAAUAUCAAUAAAAUAAGUUCAAAUGAUGGAAACCA